AUGGUAAAAACAUCAAUAUAUGUAGGAGGUUUAAAUUCUCAUAUUUCUAAAGAAAUUUUAAAAACAAAGUUUUCAGUGUAUGGUGAAAUACAAUCACUUGUUUUUGUAAAAGGUAAGGAAACAGGAAUAUCAGAAGGUUAUGCAUAUAUUGAAUAUAAUAAUAAAGAAGAUGCUGUGAAAGCAAUAGAUGAUUUAAACGACCAACCAUUUGAGGGUAAUCAUUUAGAAUUAUUUUAG